AUGUCUGACAUCAUCAAAAGGGAAUUUGCUGAGCUUGCCGUUGAUGGCAGCAAUUACUUGACUUGGGCUUUAGAUGUUGAAAUCUACCUGAAUUCUUGUGAUUUAAGCAACACUAUUGCUCCAGCUUCUCAGAGCACCUCUGCCCAGAAGGCAAAGGCAUUGAUUUUUCUUCGUCAUCAUCUCAACAAAGACCUGAAAAAUGAGUACCUUACUGAAAAAGAUCCUGCUGUUCUAUGGCAAUCCCUGAAGGAUCGCUUUGACCAACAGACGGCUAUUAUGCUUCCGCAAGCACAGUAUGAUUGGUUAAACUUGCGAUUUCAGGAUUUUAAAUCCGUAACUGAAUACAAUUCAACCCUCCACCGCAUUGUCUCACAGCUGAAGCUCUGUAAGCAGAACAUUACAGAGGCUGAAUUGAUUGAAAAGACCCUCUCUACAUUCCAUGCAAGUAAUCUUGUACUCCAGCAGCAGUACAGGACCAAAAACUAUUCAAAACACUCUGAAUUGAUCUCUGCGUUACUAGUUGCAGAGAAACACAACCAACUUCUGAUGCGCAACCAUAAUGCUAGACCAGUUGGUUCGCUAGCUGUGCCUGAAGCACAUGCCACAAAUCAGAGUAAUACUCAUAGGGGGAGGCUAUGA